AUGUUAUUCUUCUAUGCUGAUAAGAAGUUUGUCUCCCUUCUUGUAAGGGCUUUGAAAGCUUUUGAGGGUUGUUCUGGUUUACAGACUAAUGUUGAUAAAUCCGUUAUCUACUUUGGGAGUGUGCAGUCUGAAAUGCAGCGGGAAAUUUUGUCUGAGUCUGGUUUUGUUAUAGGAGAAACUCCUUUCAGAUAUCUUGGCAUUCCUUUGAAUGCUAAAUACUUGAGAGUCUCUGACUUUGAUGCUAUAGUUGAUAAGAUGCUGACUAGAAUAACUUGCUGGUCUAGCAGAAAUCUGUCUUAUAUUGCAAGAGUUGUGCCGGUGAACUCUGUUCUGAUUAUUUUGCAUACCUAUUGGGCUCAGUGUGUGAUGUUACCUAAGUCAGUUAUCUUGAGGAUUACUCACUUGUGCAGAGCUUUUCGUUGGUGUGGAGAUGUUGUUUUGUCUAAGGCUCCCCUAAUUGCUUGGGAUUGGGUCGGCAAAAGCAAAGCUGAAGGGGGCCUAGGUAUUAGAGAUUGUAGGACGUGGAACAGGGCAACUUUGGGGAAAAUAGCUAAAAAAGAGGAUUCUCUUUGGGUGAAAUGGGUUCAUGAUGUGUACAUUAAAGACCAAGAAUGGUGGAAUUAUAGUCCUAAAAGAUAUGCAGGAUGGGCUUGGAGGAGGUUAUGUGAAGUUAAGGACCAGCUAAAAGAAGGGUUUGAGCAAAAUAACUGGAUGAAUGGCACUUAUAGAAUUUUCGAGUGCUACAAAUGGCUGCAGGGAGAUGGAACAAAGGUGGAUUGGUGUAAAUGGGUUUGGAAUAAUUUCAAUAUCCCCAAGCAUUCUUUCAUAUUAUGGCUUGCUAUGCAUGAUAGACUCAGACCAAGAGAGAAACUCUUGAAAUAUGAUGUCUGUGCUGAGGAUAGUCUUCUGCUGUGUGGUGCUAAUAUUGAGGAUAGACAGCAUCUGUUCUUUAAUUGUACAUAUAGUCAAGAGUGCUUAAUGAGAAUUGCCCAUUGGCUCCAUAUUCCAAAUCAGAAUGUCUGCAUUGAUGAGGUUUGGAAGGAUUGGCUUAGAGCAGUGAAAGAUAAGGUGCAGCAGAAGGUGGUUCUGGCAGUUCUGGCUUGUGUUGUUUAUCACAUCUGGUUUGCCAGGAACACUGCUUUCUGGCAGAAAGCUGUUAUCCACCCUUCAAACCUGUGUAAGGGUAUUGGUAGGGUGAGCAUGGAUAGAGUCAAACAGCUUAUAAACAAGAAAUGGAACAUAUUGCAGUUCAAGUGGAUUCACGAGCUAUGUAGUAGCAUCCCAAACUAG